AUGGAGAGGAGGGAAUCGGACUCACACGGUUUGUUUUCCUCUGGAGACACGUCCGACAAUGACUACGAGAUGGGGGCCGGCUUUGGAGGUGCAGAGGGCCCUGGAUGUGAGUGUGACGUGGCCCCCUGCUCACUGCACUCAGAGACCCACAGUCCACACUCGGGGAACAGCACACAGGAGAUGCUGCUUUGUGAACACUGUGGAAAAAACAGAAAAAUGGUAACGAGAUUCUCCGAGGGUUACGGAACAGAGGAGGAGUGUGGCUUAUCAGACCCUCAGGGUGAUAGUGAUGCAGACGCUGACAUAGAAGACACAGACAGCAGGCUGCAGGAGGCCGGAUCUCUGCACAGAAUCAGCUCUCGUCGGCGUAAACGUCCCAGGAUCUCGCGUCAGGACACGACUGAGAGCGAGGACGAUGGAGGCCACAGCCACAGAACACACCGCUGGAACCUGCGCCUCAGCCCCAGCCACAGCCACAGCCGACCCAUCAUGGAGGAGAGCAUUUCGCAGGCGGCCAGAUCGUACUCCUCGGCGUUUACGCUUCCUGGGCAGCGGCGCAUUUACCCGGAGGAGGUAGUCAGGCAGGUCGCAAAGGAAUAUUAUUGGGGCCAGCACCGUCGUGAUGUCGAGGACUUUUGUCGUCGGUGUGAUGAGUGUGCUGCCUACAAGGGGCCUCAGGACCAGUCCCAUGCCCCCCUGCAGCAACAAGCAGUUGGUGCGCCCAUGGAGAGGGUAGCUGUAGACAUUAUGGGCCCUUUCCCAGUCUCAGAUCAGGGAAAUAAAUAUGUGAUGUGUGCAAUGGACUAUUUCACAAAGUGGCCCGAGGCCUAUGCCCUGCCAGACCAGGAAGCAGAGACAGUGGCAGAUACACUGCUGGAGGGCAUGUUCAGCCGUUUUGGUACCCCAGACAUCAUUCAUAGUGACCAGGGCAGAAAUUUUGAGUCACGUGUCUUUGCAGCCCUCUGUGACCGGCUGAACUUGCAGAAAACCCGUACCACACCAUUGCAUCCACAGAGCGACGGCUUAGUGGAGCGUUUCAACCGCACUAUGCAGCAGCAAUUGGCAAUCCUCACUGCAGCUCACCAGCGUGACUGGGAUAAACACAUUCCCCUUGUUCUGAUGGCCUAUCGAUCUGCUGUCCAGAACUCCACUAACUGUACCCCGGCUCUGUUGAUGCUGGGCAGAGAGAUACGGACUCCGGCAGCUUUGGCUUAUGGACGUCCCCCAGGGGAUCUGGAGGACGUGCCGGGACCAGAGUAUGCCAGAAAACUACAAGAUAGAAUGGAGUCGGCUCAUGCUUUUGCUCGAGACCAGUUGGAAAAAGCUGGUAUGAGACAGAAAAGGAACUAUGAUGUGAGAAGUAAAGAGCAGGUGGGGGAGGUGGUCUACAGAGUACAGGUUCCCCCUCGAGGCAGGAAGGUAGUUCUUCACCGGGACAGGCUCGCACCAUACAGGGGCUGUGCCCCGGGGCCCCAUGCUUUUGUGCUGGUGCUCAGAGUGGACAGGUUCACAAAGCAGGAGAAAGAUGUGGUCAGUAAAAUACAACAUUAUUUCUCUGAAGAAGCUCUGAAAUACACCACUGUGGUUUUCACUCAUGGAGACCAACUUGAUGACGGGCAGAAGAUUGAAGAUUGGUAUCAAGAGAACAAAGAUCUGAGGUCCCUGGUGCAGAAGUGUGGAGGUCGCUGUCACGUGUUUGAUAAUAAAUACUGGAACAACAGCAAGGAUCCAUACAGGAACAACACAUAUCAGAUCAAACAGCUGCUGCAGACCAUUGAACACACUUGGAUGGAGGAGUUGUUACUGCUGCUGCUGGAACUGCUCGUGCUGCUGGUGCUGGUGCUGCUGGUGCUGCUGCUGGAGCUGCUGGUGCUGCUGCUGCUGGUGCUGCUGGAGCUGCUGGUGCUGCUGCUGUUGGUGCUGCUGCUGAUGCUGCUGCUGUUGGUGCUGCUGCUGUUGGUGCUGCUGCUGGUGCUGUUGGUGCUGCUGGUGCUCGCAUAG